CCAAAAUAAUUUCAAAAAAUGGAGAAAAUUGGUGCGGGACUCGAAACCGAGCUGCGGCUGGGGCUUCCUGGCGGCGGCGGCGGUGGUGGUGGUUGUGAAGUGGAGAAGAAUGAGAAGAAGAGGGUUUUCUCUGAGUUUUGUGGCGAGGGGGAGGGUAAGGUGGCGGAGAACAAGAUUGAGGUGGUGGGGUGGCCGCCGGUGGCGGCGUACCGGCGGAAGAAUAGUGGGCGGUUUAGUGGUGGUGGUAAAAUGUAUGUGAAAGUAAGUAUGGAUGGUGCCCCAUUUCUUCGGAAGAUUGAUUUGAGCAUGCACGAAGGCUAUUCUGAACUUGUUAAUGCUCUUGAACAACUCUUUGGCUGUUUUGGCAAUAUUGGUGAAACAGGGGAAGCAUUGAAGGAAGAAGACGAGUGUGCGUACGUUCCUAUUUAUGAAGACAAAGAUGAGGAUUGGAUGCUCCUUGGAGAUGUACCUUGGCAGAUGUUUUCAGAGACAUGCAAAAGGCUGAGGAUUAUGAAAAGAGAAGAUGCAGCAAAUGGUUUUGGGCUUCAUGCUAAAGACCUUCUCAAGGGACUUUCCAAUGAGGACUAAUCUGGAAAAAAUAAAAUUUGAGAAGGGUAUAUCUGUCUUUUCACCUUGUUUAUACACAAGGCCUAAUUAAUUGCGUUUGGUAAUUAUAAAUUUAUGGUAGGUGAGAUAUAACUUUACAGACAUCAGAUUUAGCCUACGUAUUUUUUUAUUUUAUUUUUGUUAAGGAUCGGUGUAAGGGGAAUGUUGUGCUUAAU